CCCAAGCAUCAUUAUUCCAUGCGGUAUGUGGGCCGGAUUUGAGCCACAUGAAUUUUGCUAGCUGGGAUAUGACGCAUAGGAACUAAAAUAGAUAUUGCAGCAGGCCUCAGAUACUUAAAACGGCUCUUUCGUAGAUGUUUUCCGGUAAUGAAAUUAUGGCCUCCGGAAAUGAAUCGGGUUUUCAAUUGCGGUGAAAGAUGAGGUUAGGUGUACAUGAAUGCUCUGAUGUUUGAAGUUCACAGGUCAGGCGUAUCAAUCACCAUGAUGACGUUCUUCGCUGGACUCCUCACGUUUGCAUUGGCUUUAGAGGUCCUGCGGGGUCACCGUCAACAUCUGAUCUGGAACGGGGUUGUGGGAAGGUAUAUAAAAUCCUGGGACAGUGCUCUGCUGUUAUUUCGAGGAGAGUCCUGCUUCCUAGACACGAUGGUCGGAGAGCGGAUCUUUCUCCUGACCGUCACCUGCUCUGUUUUAAUGCUGCUGGUUUGCUGUGAUGAAGUUCUGCAGAUCCGCUCGCCUGAGGAGGAUAAGGCUCAGGAGGAGAAAGAGCUGAUUGAAGCUCUUCAAGAAGUUCUGGAAAAGCUGAGAAAUAAACAGAUUCCUGCUGUGGAGAAGAAGCUCGGCUGGGUUCCAUCGUGUGAUGCAGGCGAGCAGUGUGCGGUGCGGAAAGGCUCCCGCUUCGGGAAGUUGUGCAGUUGUCCAGGAGGAACCGCCUGCAGCUUCUCCAUCCUCAAGUGCUUGUGAGAGGGAAAAAACAGCCUCAGUCUCUCAUAAUGCUCCAGUGUGUUGUUUACCAUCAUCAAAUCUGUAACAUGUUUAUCAGUACAUACAGACGAAUGUAUAAAUGCAUUCAAAUCAAAUAAAUGCAUGCAGUUUUGUAUAUUUUUAUUCAAA